UGGAAGGUUAAAAGCGAAAACCUCUUGAAUCUGUACAAGGAGGCAAAGGAAUUGGUGGAUAGAUUCCGUUCGUUCCAAAUUGUGCAUGUCCUCAGGGACUUGAAUUCCGAGGCUGAUGCUCAGGCUAACAUAGGCGCGCAACUUGCCGAAGGAGAAGUUCAGGAGGAUUUCGACUAGUAGUUGGGCGCGGUAGAUUCUCAGGCCGAUGAAGUUUUAGUCGAGAACCGGUAUGAUUCCGGUAGCUCUAAAUUAAGGUGUUCAUAUAUAUAUUUAUGUAUGUAUAUUGUGCUACAUUCUUUUUAGCUACGGAAUUUGCAGGUAACAUUGAGUCAUUGACACCUACUGAAAUUUGGAACUUGUGAUUUUUUGUUGAAUCUUUCUGUAAAUUUGUAUAGGCGUUUUGGAAUUUUGGUGCUGGAAAUAGUGAAUUUUGAUUUAGUUUUGAGAAAUACUAAUUCAACUUUGGCCAUUUUCUGUGUGUUAAGUGGUUUCCCAGUUUUGUUCAGACUAUUUUAUUAUCGUAUUUUAAGGAAUGGAAAUACGAACAAAUGUGAACUUGCAAAGGAUACGACUAGAACAUUAGUAGACUUGUUCAAUCUCAUUUAUGGUCCGUUUAAAAGAAAUAAAUAUGUAGAUUAUAUUUAUAUUAAUAAUUUGAAAUAUUUUAUAUAUACAUAGGGAGGAGCUAUACAGAAAAUGGUUCUUAGGGCGUGUUUGAUGAGGUAUAUUAGGGUGGAUAAAUUGUAUUUCUAAUGUUUGAUGAGGUAUAUUAUUAAUAAGUGAAACCCGCAAUAAACUGGCGACCCGGCCUAAUAUCACUGUAGAGAAGACAUAAUUGAUCCAGCCCCCAUGGUGAGAUUCUUAAUAUCGAUAUUACUAUGUCUGAGAUUAUAAUUCAAGAAGUCCAAAUUGUCCCUUGCUUCAUUUCAGAUUCAACCCUCCUGUCCUAGUGUUCUUCCCUAAAAGCUCGCAGGUAAGAGGGUGAGACUCCCAAAUCUUCACCAUUCCUCAAAUCAAGAUCUGGAGUUCUUAAGGUUCAACAGCUUGUGAUUUCUUGGAGUUUUUCACCGCCACCGUUAGCGAAUAACAUCGAGCCACUUGUUUUCAAUUUGUUGGACUAGAAUUGAAAUGCCGACUAACGACGUUACCACAGUAUGCAUUUACUUGUUGAUGGAAGAAAUUUUCCAUCAACACUUAAUUCUUAUGGUUGUUGCUUAUCGUGUCAUGCUUAAGAUGAGAUCCCGUAAACGAAAAAGAGCUUCUAAUGCAACAACUUUUAGGAUGAUAGAACGUAUUCCCGAUCAGAAUACUCACAUGAAUAGGCUUGUUGGUGUUAGUGAUUUUGAUUGCCUAGCAAACUUGCGAAUGGAUCGCAAUACAUUUGGUAGAUUAUGCAUUUUGUUGCGUGAUAUGGGGGGGUUAACUAAUGGGAGAUACAUUGAGGUUGAGGAGCAAGUUGCAAUGUUUCUGUCUGUCCUAGCACACCAUAAAAAAAAUCGGGUUGUUAAGUUUGAUUUCUGGAGGUCCGGUCAAACUGUUUCCAAGUUUGUGCACCUGGUUCUUAAGGCAAUAUUGAAAUUGCACACCAUUUUACUUGUGAAACCAGCUCCUGUCCCAGAUGAUAGUACAAACAACACGUGGUGUUGGUUCAAGGGUUGUUUGGGUGCUCUUGAUGGUAGUUACAUUAAUUUAAUGGUCAGUAACGUUGACAAGCCGAAAUACCGCACCCGUAAAGGGCAGAUUGCAACAAAUACCCUUGCCGUUUGUGACCGCAAUAUGCAGUUUGUCUACGUGUUACCCGGAUGGGAAGGCUCAGCCGCGGAUUUGAGGAUUUUGCGCGACGCCCUGCAACGUGCAAAUGGAUUUAGGGUGCCCAAAGGAAACUACUAUCUAUGCGACAAUGGGUAUGCGAACAGCGAGGGUUUCCUUGCACCAUAUAAAGGGAUACGUUACCAUUUGAAGGAAUGGGGACCGGCAGCAAAUAGGCCUCAAAAUGCAAUGGAGCUGUUCAAUUUGCGCCAUUCGAAGGCCCGCAAUGUUAUUGAGCGAGCGUUUGGGAUCAUGAAAAUGCGCAGGGGCAUUUUGAGGAGCAGUACCUUUUACCCCGUUAAGACCCAAAUUCGGCUAAUUAUGGCGUGCUUCAUAUUGAAUAAUUUUAUCCGAUCUGAGAUGCCCGAUGAUCCUAUAGAGCGAGAGUUUGAUACCGCACCUGGAAAUGAUCAGGCAGGAGUAGAGAUCGAUGGUGAUUUCAUUGAUAGUAUCGAAUCUUCUCCCCAAUGGAAUGCAGAACGAGAUGCCCUUGCCCAAGCGAUGUGGUUGUCCUAUAUCACCAAUAAUUGAUGUUGCUCUUGUCAAGAAGUGGCUGUUAUUUUAGACUUCAAUUCUCUUGUGUUGGAAAACAUUAAUGCGUCCAAUGUAGUGUAGUAGUUAAUUAACCUUUUUCUAUUCUUGGCAUUGCUUGAUUAUUGGAAAGUGCAGACUUUGUGAUUAAUUGUUGCUGUCAGUGAUGAACUUCAUUGAUGUUUA